AUGAAUUCGGAAAAGAAUAGUGAAGGAACGAAAAAAGAGCGAAGGAAAAGUCUUUCAUUUUUGUCAUCCUUUUUUGGUGAAUUCAUAAAAAGAGCUGAUGACUUGCCACUUUUCUUGUCUCGAUGUUCUAGAAAACUUGUUUUAGUGAGCGCAUUUGCACUCGGAUCAUUUUUUGGUUGUGCUUUGCGAUCUUCAUAUCGGCACACCAAAGGUCAACAACUGAAAAACAUUCGGAGUGGAUUUGCGCUUGGAGUACGUGCUCUCGGUAUUGCCACUGUUUUGUCAGUAUCCAGUGUUGGUUUAUUCGUUCUCUCUGUAUCCGCAGCACUCCAAAUUGAUUCUCCGCAACAGUUCGGCCAGAAGAUGGUCAGCUUAUGCGGCGAUCGUUUUCGUAUUGACAGAGGAGAAAGCGUUGCAACGUUUACUGAGCAUUGUCAUCUUGCUCUGACUGCAUCUGAUCAUGAUGAUGGGGAUGUACAGAGUGUAGAUAAGUCUGGAUAA